ACAACCUGUAAUGUGACCCGGACGCAGUGUCCGCCUAGCGCCUGAUGUUACGUCAGCAGGUCUUUCUUGUUUCAGUUGGAGCCGGAGGAGGGGAGAGGAGCUCAGCUCAUUUACCACCAGCAUUCAUCACUUGGCUGGGCAGCUUGCAGGAGCAGCAGCCGGCACUAUGGCGCUGUCCAAAUUACUAGCUGAUGAGCGGCGCUUGCUGGAGCUCCUGUCUCUGGUGAUGGUCCUCAUGGGGGUUCUCUCCUUUGUACUGCUAAGAUUUAUACGGGUGCCCUAUGGGCGCUAUUCCAGCUCGGUGUUUGGCCCCCCGGUGCCCGUGCGCCUGGCUUGGUUCUUGCAGGAGCUGCCCUCUCUGCUUAUAGCUCUUUAUUAUAUUUCUACACAGCAGGAGCUGGGAGCGCCCUCCGUGGUGUUAAUGGGAGCCUUCACCUGUCACUAUAUACAGCGAACACUUGUUUUCCCAUUUCUGAUUCGAGGUGGUAAGCCAACACCACUUACUUCAUUUGUUCUUGCAUUGAUUUUCUGCUGUUAUAAUGGCUACUUGCAGAACAGCUAUCUGUGCCGGCAUGCUGCUUUCCCCUCCGGCUGGACACGCGACCUAAGAUUUAUUACAGGCAUAACACUGUUUUUGUGUGGAAUGUUUAUCAAUGUUUAUUCUGACCACAUAUUAAGGAAUUUGAGAAAACAAGGUGAGACGGGCUACAAAAUACCCAGAGGUGGACUUUUUGAAUAUGUUUCUGGAGCAAACUUUUUUGGUGAAAUUGUUGAAUGGUCUGGAUUUGCAAUUGCGGGUUGGUCCAUCACAGGAGCUGCCUUUGCUAUAUUCACAUUGCUGGUUCUUUUAUCUCGAGCACAGCAGCAUCAUCAAUGGUAUCUGGAGAAAUUUGAAGACUAUCCCAAAUCCAGGAAAAUCCUAGUUCCAUUUAUAUAUUAAGUGCAACGGGAAUUAAGAUUAGAGUGCAAUCUCAUUUGAAUUUUAUUUUAUCAGGGGAAUACGGAUUAUGAAAUGUAGCCAGACUGUGAAUGUCAUUUACAAAGCUACUCAAAAGUACAAGACCAGCUUUGGACCAGCCCUCUUCCUCCAUUUGCACACGUGCACCGAGAUUUCCUCAAGGUUCUUUAGUUCAAAGAGUAAGCAAGAUACAAGUGUUUGUAGAGAAGUAGCAGGUUGCACAGGAAGAUGGGAAAAGUUUGGCAAAGUAGAGACAUUCUAUGUAAAAUAUACAGUAGGUGAAGGAUUGGCACGACCAUUAGAUGAACUGAGGCACUGUGUAAGAUGAGCAUAAAACACUUGUUAAUGUGAUACCUUUUUAUACAAAUGUUUUAAUGGACCCAUUGCACUCCUACAUCGAGCAUGGCUCUUGACGUAGCAUAGACGCCAUUUUUUUCCAGUGAAGCUGGUGGCUGGUGCUCUUCAAUGUCACUGGUAAUCUGGGUUUGUGGCUCCUAGCUAUGAUGUGUCAGUCCAGCGACAAACUUUAAUUCUAAGGGUGGAAUUCAAAUGUUUGAAAAGUCAGUUGGGUGUCUGUCUAUUAGAUUGGAAAAAAAUGAGAUUCCCAACUGACUUUUCAAACAUUUGAAUCUCCCCCAUUGAGUCUUAAGGGUUAGUUUCAGGUGCCAGUCACAAUAUCUCCUCACAUUUAUAAUUUGUAAAAGUCAUACAUUAGUUUAAUUCCAGUCUUAAUUUUGUUGAUAAAACUGAAAGUUUUAUUUGCUAAAAGGGUGCUACUAAACAGUUUAGAUCAGGGGUUCCAACCACUGUCCUCAAGGCACACUAACAGAUCAGGUUUUAAGGAUAUCCAUACUUAAGUACAGGUGACUGAAUUCGUACCUCAGUUAUUUUGAUUUAACCACCUGUGCUUAAGUAUGGAUAUCACUUAAACCUGUUUGUGUGCCUUGAGGACAGAGGGGCAGAUGUAUUAACCUGGAGAAGGCAUAAGGAAGUGAUAAACCAGUGAUAAAUGCAAGGUGAUAAACACACCAGCCAAUCAACUCCUUACUGUUAAUUUACAUAUUGUAGCUGAUUGGCUGGUACAUUAUCACCUUGCAUUUAUUACUGGUUUAUCACUUCCUUAUGCCUUCUCCAGGUUAAUACAUCUGCCCCAUAGUUUGGGAAACACUGGUUUAGAUGUUGGACACUUUUGCACAGUAAUAUGUCAGUAAGCAUGGUGCUUAGUAUUGUGAAUGUUUUACAAUGUUUUAAGGUCUUAAUGAAAAUAUUGCAAAACCGCAUUCACUUUUCAUAAUGUAUUCCUGUUUUCUUUACACUGUUGUUUUCUGCAGGAUUUAUUUUAAAAUAAAUAUUUUCAUUAUGAAAUGA